GAUGAAGUGAGCGAGUUGUGGGGGAUUCCGAAGACUUUGAACACAGCUUCAGUCUUCCUGCUCGGGAGCAUCGAUGAAGUGAGCGAGUUGGGGGAUUCAGACGACCCUGAACGCAGUUCCCCGUCAGUCUUUCUACUCGGGAGCAUCGAUGAAGUGAGCGAGUGGGGGGGAUUUCGACGACUUUGAACGCAGCAGCCGCCGUCAGUCUUCCUGCUCGGGAGCAUCGAUGAAGUGAGAGAGUUGGGGGGAUUCCGACGACAUUGAACGCAGCAGCCGCCGUCAGUCUUCCUGCCCGGGAGCAUCGAUUAAGUGAGCGAGUUGGGGGGAUUCCGACUACUUUGAACGUAGCAUCAGUCUUCCUGCUCGAUGAAGUUCUGUCCAAGAUGGCGGACUUCCUGCCGUCCCGCGCCGUCUUAUCCGCGUGUUUCCCGCACUGCCUGCUCAGCAGCGGGGAGGCCGAGCAGCUGCAGAGGUCCAAGGAGAUAGACAAGUGUCUUCUGCGGGACAAGAGCUACGUGAAGCGGCUAGUUAAAAUCCUGCUCCUGGGAGCGGGCGAGAGCGGCAAGUCGACUUUCCUCAAGCAGAUGCGGAUCAUCCACGGCCGCGACUUCGAGCAGAGAGCCAAGGAAGACUUCAGAGACACCAUUUAUAGCAACGUUAUUAAAGGUAUUCGAGUGUUAGUGGAUGCUCGAGAAAAGCUCCACAUCCCAUGGGGCAACUUGUCCAACCAGCGCCAUGGAGACAUAUUGAUGGCCUUCGACACGCGGUCUAUGGUGGCCCAUGGCCAUGGUCUGGUGCAGCCUAAGGUUUUUCAGCACUACCUGCCAUCCAUCCGGGACCUGUGGACUGACCAGGGAAUUCAGACCGCUUAUGACCGUCGCAGAGAAUUCCAGUUGGGGGAGUCGGUCAGAUAUUUCCUGGACAAUUUGGAAAAGCUUGGACAGUCGGACUACCUCCCCAGCCAGCAGGACAUCCUCCUGGCCAGAAAACCCACCAAGGGCAUUCACGAAUACCACUUUGACAUCAAGAAUGUGCCUUUUAAAAUGGUGGACGUGGGCGGUCAGCGUUCUGAGAGGCGACGGUGGUUUGAAUGCUUCGACUCCGUCACGUCCAUCCUCUUCCUUGUCUCCUCCUCUGAAUAUGACCAGGUGUUAAUGGAAGAUCGACAUACCAAUCGCCUGAGCGAGUCUCUCAACAUCUUUGAGACCAUCGUCAACAAUCGAGUGUUCACCAACGUUUCCAUUAUCUUGUUCCUAAACAAGACGGACCUUCUGGAGAACAAGGUGAGGCAAGUGUCCAUCAGAGACUAUUUUCCAGAAUUCUCAGGCGAACCUACAAGCCUGGCGGACGUCCAAGUCUUCUUGGUGGAGUGUUUUCGAAAGAAGCGCAGGGAGCAACAGCAGAAACCACUUUACCACCAUUUCACCACCGCCAUCAACACUGAGAACAUCCGCCUGGUGUUCCGAGAUGUUAAAGACACCAUCUUGCAUGACAACCUCAAGCAGCUCAUGUUGCAGUGACACAGGAACAUGACCAGGAACAUGAUGGUGCAAGUUGCUGAUGUUUUCUUGUCCACCAGCCUGCAGGGGAACAGUCCAUGUCCUCUAGUCCCUAAUGGACAUGUAGACUAUGAAAGGAGGUCACCCUUUUCUCUAGUCCCUAAUGGACAUGUAGACUAUGAAAGGAGGUUACCAUGUCCUCUAGUCCCAAAUGGACAUGUAGACUAUGAAAGGAAGUCACCACUACUAGCAAACAUUCCUGAUCUUUGCCUUACUUAGCAUAUUAAGGAGCAUACAAUCCAUCUUUCUUACACACACACACACGUACAUUCAUACUCACACACAUACAUACAGACAUACACACAUACAUACGUACAUACACACAUGGAUACACACGCACAAUGUGUGUUCAGUGUGAAUGACAUUUUUUAAUGAUGGAUUCCUUUUCUACAAAUGUAUGUAUUAGCAUGUUUUAGUAACAAAUGUACCACUUGUGUUCAUGGACACUUCAGUGAGAACAUCAUCUUCAUUCAUUCCUUCACCCACCACUUUUACAACCAUCUUUUAUUUCCAUGUCAAUAAGAUGCACUCUCACUCUUUA